AUGUAAAAAUCAAAGGAUUCUACUGAUGAAAUUUCAGCCAAAUACAAACUUCUUAGAUUAGCCCUUAUUUUAGAGAAAUAAGCACUUAAAACUCCACUAAACAUACUCAAGAUCUACACUAAUAUUAAAUGGAGAUUUAAUUAGACUACAGACUUUGAUUACCAGCCAAAUUAGUGGAAUGAAAUACGUCUAGCUCACCAUUGUGAAUCGUAAUCUUUUUUUUUAAGUUUAGAUCCCCCAAUAUAUUAAAAAAGAGCCUUAAAUAUGCAGUAUAGGAGGUCUAAAUUAAAAAUUAUACAGAGAGAGUUCAUAAUUCGUAAUUAGAAGGUAGAAGAACUUCUUAACAAUUGGAAUAAAUGGUAGAGUUGGCCAGAGUGAAUAGUUAAAAACGUAAUUCCAUAAGGAAACCCGUUAAUAUAACCAAAGAUGUUUACCAGAGCAUUUACGAGUUUGGUCUUCUGUUCAUUUUAUUUGGAUUUAUUGGGUCUAUGUACUUUGUGAUAAGUCAAUAACUCAAAAAACAAUGA